UUCCCCCAAUUCAACAAAAGCUCUGAGACAGCAGUAGGCAAUGAUCACCCCUACGCAGACGGCUUUACCGAAUACUCUUUAGCUUUUUACCAUCCAACGCCUCCAGCUGUGGUAAUAUUUGGCAAUGAUGUGAAGUCAACAGUAGUUGAUCAAUCUGGGAUUGGAAAGAGCUCCCCACUACAACUCGAAUCUAGGAAUCUCGCGGGACAGUUUCUGAUUGGGUUUGCCGUACCUGCACCCUACACAACCCCGUGGAAUACCUUGCUUGUAGUGCAUGCGCUACAGAACGCCCCCAAGAACAGUACUCAAAACUGAUGGCAGAGAGUAGCGAGAAAAGUUCAACAGCUCAAACGGCAUCGAUGCACCAACGGGAUUCAUUCAAAGAGCCAAGUGUCGAAUCGCGGGAAAAAGAAGUUAAUUUCGAAGGAGCAGAGAAGGAAGCUGACCGAUUUUCUCGGACACUUCCCGAGAUUGUACCAAUAAGGUGGACGAAAAAUAAUUCAUUGCCAACUCACGCCGCCCGUGUGGGUGUACAAAAUACAACUUUUCACCCAUCACCCGGUAUAUAUGAGAUCGAUACAUCAAUCACUACCUCAGCUAGCGACGCUGAAGCACGCUCUCUCGCCACUGCUCUAGAGCCAAAGAAGAGGAUGUUCAGUGUCAAAGGACUUCGCCACAAUAUUUUGCAACAAAACUUGGAGAAUUCGGAUCAAGUCGCCAGUGGUUUCUUACUCCAGACUUUGGCACAGGUACUCGAGGAUGCUGCAUCCGCCGGGAACCUGCCCCUUGUUGCUUCUGCUUUAGAUUUGGGCGCGGAUGUAAACUACUCAUCGCGCAAGAAUAAGGAAUGCCAUCUUGCGCUUCCUCGAGCGGCUGCAGUAAAGCAUGAACCUGUCGUUGAAUACCUUUUGAGAAUGGGAGCCAAUAGGGACACGGCCGCCUCCGCGUUGUAUGCGGCCAUCAAUCACAAAGCCACCGGAAUUGCUAUGAAACUCGUUCCGCGUGCAGACUUCAACAAGAUGUGGAAAUCUACGCGUUUCAAAGACUUGCCUCACAAUGUAUACGAGUCUCCCGUUGCAGCGCUUGUUGGAAUGGACGAGGAAAGUCGACGCAAAAUACUGCGCCUGAUGAUGGAACAACCAAGUUUCGAUGCGGAAAGUCCUGCAAUGUCAUUCGUUGAAAACAUAGACGAACUGUCCAGUCCCAAAAGUAGUGGAAUGACGGUCCUCGGGUGUUUUGCUGCAUUCACCGAUUUAGCUACCGUCGAAUUUCUGCUUCAGCAGCUAGGGCAGACCAACAAUGUGCAGAAACGUCCAAACACAAGCCAAUACAGAGAUUCUCUCUGUUGCAUUAGCAGUACUUAUUGGCAACGAGAGCCUGCUGACGCACUGAAGAUGGCCAGCCUUUUACUGGACCACGGAGCUCACGCUGGAGCGACUGUCUCAAUCCCAGGACAACGCAAGAACGAAUAUUCCGCCCUGACUCCAGCAAUCAAGGGAGGAAGCCUAGACGGUGUACGGCUUUUGUUGAAGCAUGGCACGAAUCCUGAGUCUUCCAUGUACGUUGCUGAAAAUUAUCCGCAUGACCACCUUUCUCCGUUAAGUUAUGCGGUAUUUUGCGGCGCCGUUGGCAUAUGUCGUGCUCUCGUGGAAAGUGGAGCAGUGCCGAAUCGCGUGAAUGUAGAUGAAGCAGCGGUUGAGUCGAACAAUCUAGAAAUCGUUGGUGUAUUGAUACACGUCCAUGGUGCAAGCGCAACUCCUCAGGUAUGGGAACGGGCAAUGUUAGUCAAGCACACUCCCAAAGAACAAAGUUCUUCUAUCGAGAUCAUCGACCUUCUACUGUCAACAAAAACGAAAUCGAAUCCCUUCCGCAGAGCCUGGAUCCUCGCAGCAAUCGACAGCAAAAACUUCUCCGGGCUCCACAGAGUUCUCGAGAUGCGAAAUAAGAAUCUAGGUUUCGACGUCAACGAGGUGUUUCAGGAUCCGCGGUGGUCUAAUGUCUCCAACACUGUCAAAUCCUCGACCCUCUUACCGAGGUCUGGAUUUGCUAUCAAGAGAGACGAUCUAUACAACUGCCUGGCUUACGCGGAAGAGAAAGAUGCCAGUGACAUCGUUGCUUUGUUGAAAAGCUAUUGGUGGACGAGCAAGAAGAGAUGCGGGCCAGAUUCCGAGGCCAGGUUCGGUAGUAGAUAUGGUUGUUCCAGCAAGCCACCACACACGCGUCGGGGAGAAAGGCUUCCGAUGGAUGAGAAAGAAGUAAUGCAGGUCAGGGCGGGACGCUAACUUCGAUUAUAAUUGGCUCGCUCAGAGUCUGCGAAUACCCUCACUCGAAUAUCUCAAAAAGUUGCGGUUUCUAUCGACGUCAGUUCAAAUCGUAUCUCGCUUAAAAAAGGGGCGGAUUCGCUGCAGGAUGAACACUUGAAAGGGCUCGAGCAAUGACUUGACUUUUAAAGCCGCGGCGAUUUUACAGUCU